CCACUACCACGUUAGCGCUGCAGAUCGCCGCCUUCUCUCGCCCGCUGGCGCCGCCGCUGUCCUUCCCCAGCCCGCGGGCUGCGUCCAGGACCAGGAGACAGCACCCGAGCCCGCCCGAAGGGGAGGUUUGUCCAGUUCACAUUGUGACUGCCACAUAUAUUCAGAAUACCAAUCAGGCCAUAAUAUUUGGAUAUUACAGUUUCUAAACUACGAUGCCUUUCAAAAACGGGGUGGAAUUAACUGAGUUGCAGAAUAUGAAGGUCCCUGAAGAUGAUAACAUCAGCAAUGAUUCAAAUGACUCUACAGAGGUAGAAAAUGGCCAGAUAAAUAGCAAGUUUAUUUCGGACCGGGAAAGCAGGAGAAGUCUGACAAACAGCCACUUGGAAAAAAAGAAGUGCGAUGAAUAUAUUCCAGGAACAACCUCAUUGGGAAUGUCCGUCUUUAAUCUCAGCAAUGCCAUUAUGGGCAGUGGGAUUUUAGGCCUUGCCUUUGCAUUGGCCAACACAGGAAUCCUCCUUUUUCUGGUGCUUUUGAUUUCAGUGACAUUGCUGUCUAUUUAUUCAAUAAAUCUCCUGUUGAUAUGUGCAAAGGAAACAGGUUGCAUGGUGUAUGAAAAGUUGGGUGAGCAGGUCUUUGGCAUUCCAGGAAAAAUUAUUGUUUUUGGAUCUACUUCUCUCCAGAACAUUGGAGCAAUGCUUAGCUAUCUUUUCAUAGUAAAAAUUGAACUGCCUUCUGCCUUAAAGUUUCUAAUGGGAGAAGAAGAAACAUUUUGGGCAUGGUACCUGGAUGGGAGAGUUCUUGUUGUAGCUGUGACAUUUGGUAUAAUCCUCCCCUUGUGUUUGCUUAAGAAUUUAGGUUAUCUUGGAUAUACAAGUGGAUUUUCCCUAAGUUGCAUGGUUUUUUUCCUCGUCGUGGUUAUCUAUAAGAAGUUUCAAAUACUCUGUCCCAUAAUGGAGACAAAUACAACAACAAUUAUCCCAUCAAAUUUUAGCUCAGCACCUGAGUAUGGGUGUAAGCCAAAGUAUGCUAUCCUUAAUUCCAAGACUGUUUAUGCUUUGCCCACCAUUGCUUUUGCAUUUGUGUGCCACCCAUCCGUCCUUCCGAUUUACAGCGAGCUUAAAGACCGCUCGCAGAAAAAAAUGCAGAUGGUUUCAAACAUCUCCUUUUUUGCCAUGUUCAUUAUGUACUUUCUGACCGCCAUUUUUGGCUAUUUGACUUUCUAUGACACUGUGGGGUCAAAUCUACUUCACAAGUACCAGAGUAAAGGUGAUGUCCUCAUCCUGACAGUGCGAGUGGCUGUAAUUGUUGCAGUAAUACUUACGGUUCCAGUGCUUUUCUUCACUGUGCGUUCUUCUUUAUUUGAGCUGGCUAAAAAAACCAAGAUUGAAUUACACCAUCAUGUGCUGGUUACUCUUGUCCUGUUGGUUAUUAUUAAUAUGCUAGUAAUUUUUAUUCCAACCAUGAAAGACAUAUUUGGAGUUGUAGGGGUAACUUCUGCCAAUAUGCUGAUUUUCAUUCUUCCUUCGUCAUUAUAUUUAAAAAUCACACAACAGGACGGAGCAAAACAGAGUCAAAGGAUUUGGGCUUUUUUGUUCUUGGCAUUGGGAUUAGUAUUUUCCCUCGUUAGCAUUCCUUUGGUCAUCUAUGACUGGGUACACACAGGAGACAAGGCUGAAGGCCAUUAAAGUCAACCUCAUACUGCAAAUACAUUCCCAUUUGCUACUCACCAAAAUCCCUAUCAACGUGGUUGCUGUCUUUUUCGUUCUUUGUGAGUUUACGCAGAUCAAAUCCAAAUAAUGAAAUACUGGUAUGGAAAAUAUAUAUAUGGAUGUAUCUUCUUGCAGAAAAUUGACCUGUUGUCCUAACAGAAAUAACAGUUUGUCUCAUACCAUUGAAUUCUCAGAUGCUUACAUUUGUGCGGAUUCUCCGUAAGACUUCAUAGGCAUUGUCCAUUUGGUACCGAUCGUAAUGAACAUAUGUUUACUCUUCUGGCCAUGAAUUGUAUUUUUCCAUUAUUAAUCUUGUAUUAGUUAAAAUAAUAAUAUUUACUCCUUUGAAACAAGCAAUAUUUGUUUACAAUCCAAGCUCUGGAAUAAUUACCCCUCAUGAGGUCAGAUCAUACCUCCUCCCUCUCUCACCAAAACUGUGUUCUUAAACUUUGCAUUUUAGAUCUGAUUUAUUUUCAUUAUUAGUUUGUAAACCUUUUUACCUUGGGAGGUGUAGCAUUCCAGAGUGCUUGAAUGAAAAGCACAAUGAAAGCAUUGAUUGGUGUUGGAUAAUAGUAGGUCCUAAACACAGUACUACUCUUUGUAAGAUUCCCGUGGAGCAUCAGCACAAGGUUUUUUGUUUUCUUCUUGUUAUUCCUGUUGUUGUUUUAGUAGGGAGGAUUCAACACCAGCUGUCCACUCCAUAUCACUUACCUACUGUUCCUUUUGAAACUAAGCAAGAAAGAUACUUGGCAUAUACCAAUGAAUAUUUGAAACUAAGAACAGAUUAAGCUAAUUUCUUUAUGGAAAGAGUCAAAAAUACUAAUUUUCCUCAAUAGAAACCAAUAUUUACUACUACUAAAAAGAGCAUCUGCUCUUUUAA